UUAGUUGUCUUCAAAGGCAAUGAAAUCAAUCAAAAAAACAGCGGCAAUGAGGAUCAUUUUCGAGGUCACAGGCAAUGUUGGUGGAACUGCAAGCUGGGAAUGGUCAGAGAAUUUCCAAAACUGUCAUGAAAAUUAUAAACACUAACAUGUAACUCUGAAUGUAUCAGCGUCACUCACAGCUUCCUUUAUUACACCACCGAACUGCUUCGUUAUCAUACCUAUCUGCGACCUAUCCCUUUGGGAAUAUACCUUGAACUUUUUGUUUCUGAAACACUUAGUACAACAGCCAAAUCCACAGCAUGAUGGGCCUUUGAUGUAAGCGAAUCGAUUUGAAUCGUCCUCGACAUUAAAGUUUAGUGUCGUGCCGCUUCUUGUUUUUACUCUGCCAAUCGGAUUCCCACGGGGUGCUUCUACAUCAAUCCAAUCUCUGAUGCAAAUGCAAGAUGCACACAAUGUACAGUCACAACAAGAGCAUCUGCAGGGCCUUCUUAAUCGAGCGUGCUCUCUUCCACUGUGAUCAGUGAUGCUCAUUUGGAAUCCGCGAUUUUUCCCCCAACAUUUUCGGCAACAACAGCUUGACUUUUCAGAGGCGCGAUACAACCGACGUUCCUGUCAGCGACCUGA